UUGAUCUGAACUUUCCAUCCGCCAAACAAGCCUCGCGAGGAUCACAGCAUACCACCAACCCAGGACUCGAAAGGAAAGAUGUCAGAAAUUCAAAAUCAGCCAGACCAGGAUGGUCCAAAGAACACGGAGCAGAAGAAAGAGAAUGCCCGGAAGAGUUUUGAGAAUGAGCUGGAAAGGCACGUUGCAGACCGUUAUUUCUCUCAAGCAGCCCUUGACUAUGUCAACCACGCCUGGGGGAAUACCUCGGCAAUGAUGUACCAUUUCGAAUUGGACUUCCACAACAGUGAGGAUUGCCAAAAGGCAUCCAAGACUGCCGCGGAGUUCGCGGAUAUCUACAACGAAGACAACGAGUAUUUGGACAACGACAACUCAACCAACCCCUCGCGUGAGCAGCUUGUGGACCACUUGUUCUCUAAAAAAGAACUCUUCUACGUCAACCGCGACCAUGGAAACUCGGCCAUCUUCAUGGAGCACAUGGAGCUCGAUAUCAAUAAGGAGGCGGAUUGUGCCGCGGCAAAAGAUUUUGCAAAUGUGGAUCCUGAAGAUGAUGAGGAGGAUGAGGACAGUGAUAUCGAGGACCCAGCCGAUGAGGUCAUGGGAUAUUUGAAUGUGGGUGCGAAUCAAAAAGGGCCAAGGCAACUUUCCGACCACUUUCUAUCCGAAAAGGAGCUCGCUUUCGUCACAAAGGUCUAUGGCGACUCUUUGUCAUUCAUGAUUCGCUUCGGCCUUAGAUUCUACAGGGAGAAGGAUUGUCUAGAAGCUAAAUCGACUGCGGCGGAUUUAAUUGAAAAGGGUCAAUGAAUGCAAGUACCAGGGCUUCAUAUUCAGAUUGGUAUUAACCAAGUACGCUGGAGCUGCGUUAUGGGAAUGACGGCCAAUGUUGGAUAAAAGGGACAUCGUUUAACUUGACGAGGGUGGUUAGGCCAAUGUUGAGUUCCAUUAUUCAACGAAUGGGCCCUUCGGAAAUGGUUCAGGUCCCAAUUGUCUACUUCUAUAUUGACAUCGUUGUUCUCCUACUUUAGACUGUCUCAGACCCGCAC